AUGUCGGCGCAGUCGGGAGGAGGCAGCUACAGCGGCGGCGGCGGCGAGCGCGAGCCAGGGAGUCGGCAGCGGCGGAGGGCUCUUGACCGCUCCUCCUCUGCAGGCGGUACUUUGUUCCGUGGCCGCUGCUGCACCCAUCCGGCAAAACUCGAGCUCACAGCUUCCUGCGUUCUUAUAUCAUUAUCUCCAUAG